UAAAGGCUGUGAGCGGAGUGAGGUGCAUGAGUGCAUGCACCCGUGCCAGCCAUGCCCACAAAGGAGCUGCUGGUGCUGGCGCUGAUGCUGGUAGCUUUUGUUUCUGCCGGUGGGGCAGAGCUGGAAGAGGGGAACGGCCUGAGAAGGCCGACGUGUGGAGAGAUGGCUGAGCUGCAGGCAUGCCCCCUGCUGCACUUGCCCGUCUGUGGGAGCGAUGGGAACACCUAUGCCAAUGAGUGCUUGCUCUGUGUGCAGAAAAUGAAAACCAGGCAAGAUAUCCAGAUUUUGAAUGAUGGGGAGUGUCAAGAUAUCUGAGCCUUCUGGUGGCUUUCUGGUGGCUUUUCUGAGCUUGCAAAUAGGUGAUUAACUUAUGCUGUAUGCUCUGCGUGCAUCAGACAUUUCAGUCAGUGACAGUAAAUAAUAAAAUUGCAUACACAAUCUUA